CAUUCAGUGCGUGAUCCACGCUCAAAGUUACAACUUGUGCCGCCGGAAAGAGGCAAUGUCCAUAGUGCGCGAAUGACACUCGAUUUAAUUUAUACAGAUAAGAGGAAUAUAUUCAAUAUAGUUGCAAGCAGUGAUAAGCAUACGUUCCACAAGCCACCGCAGUCCAAUCCAAUCCAAUCCAAUUUUUAUUAUCACCGACCGAAAGUUUUCGUUGUUUUACUAUAUAAAGAGAACUCUCUUAACCAUGCAGCCAGUACUGGAAUCUACAAUUUACAAACUGCUAAGAAUGGCAUCGAUCUACGAACUUAUCACCGGCUUCAUCUACACAGUCGGCGUUCUGACGAUUGCUGCCUUUCUGUACGAGAACUUCAGGUCAUUGGUGGGAAUAAUCAAGGCCGUGUUGGAACCGUAUUUCCAGCCCCAAUUACCAAAGACUUUGGUCGAAAAGUAUGGCAAAUGGGCAGUCAUUACGGGUGCCACAGAUGGCAUUGGCAAGGAAUAUGCCAGAGAGCUGGCUCGUCAGGGCCUCAACCUGGUGCUUGUCUCUCGCACCAAGGAGAAGCUGAUUGCAGUCACCAAUGAGAUUGAGAGCCAAUACAAAAUAAAGACCAAGUGGAUAGUGGCGGACUUUGUCAAGGGUCGCGAGGUGUACGAGCACAUUGAGAAGGAGCUGGCCGGCAUCGAAGUGGGAAUAUUGGUUAACAACGUGGGAAUGAUGUACGAGUACCCCGAAAACUUUGAAGAAGUGAGCGAGGAUCUGUUGUGGAAUCUAAUGACCGUCAAUAUUGGAUCUGUGUUGAUGCUCACACGGAAGCUGCUGCCCAAGAUGAAGGCCGCCCGCCGCGGGGCCAUCGUCAACCUGGGCUCCUCCUCGGAGCUCACGCCACUGCCCUACUUGACGGCCUAUGGUGCCAGCAAGGCUUUCAUAACCUACUUCACCAGGGCGCUAGAACGUGAGGUGUCUUCCUACAAUAUCGACGUACAGCUAGUGCUGCCCGGCUUUGUGGUCACCAAGAUGAACGCCUACUCAGAACGCGUAAUGGAGGGCGGCUGGAUCUUCCCCAAUGCGUAUAACUAUUCACGAUCCGCCGUCUUUACCCUGGGCAAGACGAGCGAGACCAAUGGCUUCUGGAUUCACAGCGUUCAGUACUUCUUCAUGAAGUUGGCCCCCAUCCGCAUUCGAAUGGUUUUUUCCCAUCUGCUCUCCAGUCGCCUGAGGUUCGAGGCUCUUGAGCAGAAGGCGAGGAAAGAAAAGUUGGCGACUUAGCUGUGUAUGGGUCGCCCUCUCUUCAACUGUGUUACAAGUCAUGUAUAUAUUUGGUUCGUAGUCUAAAUGUUUAUAAUAGCCUAUUUACAAAAAAAAUAAUUUUGUACAAAGCAAAGAAUAAUACAAAUAAAUUAAACUUAAUCAA